CCACGCCGCCACCGCCUAGGGUUUCAUCAGUGAGGAAAGGGGAUCGCAGGUCAGUUAUGCGCCGGCUGCCCCGCCGCCUGCCGUGUGCCGAGCUAUCUCCUCGCGCCGUCGCCGCCGCCGGCGAGGUCCUCGUAUGAGGAUCGAGUGGUGCUGCAAUCCGGAGCUCCUCUCCGAGCUGCGAUCCGCAAUCAGGCGGUUCCUCUCCGAGCUGCGACCGGCAAUCGAAGCAAUCAAGCGGCUCCUCUCCGAGCCGCAAUCCGCAACGAAAGCGGCUACCUUUUUGAGUCGCCGUCCGCGAUCCAAGCAUUCCUUGUCGGGCUACAGUAAGAAACAAGUCCUCUUUCGUUUCCAGUCUCCGAGCCGCCGCCGGAGGCGGGAUCCAAGCCGCUGUAUAUCAGCCCGAGCUAUCUCCCGAGACAUCACGAAACCUCUCCGGCGAUGGAGAACACUCAUCACGGGCGACCGGCUGCUAGAGCAAACUCCAAACAGUCCGUCAAGGGCCCCGGCAAGUCCUCCUCCCUCGACAUGGUGGAGGCCAAUGAAGAUGAUAGGCUCAGCAAGUUGCCUGAUGACAUUUUGCUCAACAUUGUUGAGCGACUUGAUAUAGCUGACGCUGCACGAACAACCAUCCUCUCCAGACGUUGGAAGCAGAUCCCUGCUGUACUCUCAAAAAUUGUUAUAAUGGCUGGUUCUUUUGAGCCCAAGCACAAAGAAUGGAGCAAGUUAACCUCAGAUGAUAUAGUUCGGGCUAACACCACCGUGCUGGAAGCAACCAGGAGCAUACUGGAAAGGAGGGCUGGAAGUCUGUACCCCAUCCACAUGUUGCGCAUUCAAUUCUACCUGGGAGAUGAGUCCAUUUUAAUUGGCCAGACUGUUGCCAACACCAUGACAACACAAAAGGUUGCUUCAGCCGAGUUUACAAUCUUGACGAAGGUGCGUAAAAAGUGUGCCAACAAUGACCUGCUCACAUAUGGGAAGCAGUUCAUGUCAUUCUUUGAUGCGUGUCCAAACGCAUUUGGUGGUCUUGUGCGCCUCACGCUAGAGAAUUUGAGGUUAGGAGAAUCUGACUUCCCCAAAAUUUUCAGUAUGUGCAAGCAACUGGAGUUCCUCUCCCUCUACGAAUGUGACAUGGGUAUUCAGUCUUUUCUGGAAGUGGAACACCCGCAACUCGGUGAACUAGUUAUUGUCUGUGGCCGUCUUGAGAGGGUUGAUCUCAAGUGGGCACCAAAGCUCACAAAACUGAAAUUUAAUAUAUUUAGAUGUAAAGAUGACCCCUUCUGUCUCGGCUAUGUCCCACUGCUCCACACUGUGUCCAUCAUUAAUGUUGCUUUCACUUGGCACAAGAUGCUCAAGUUAAGUGAGUUGCUUGAUAAAGCUGCCAUAAGCAAUCUGACUUUGGACUUCAAAAGCGAAAAGAUUUGGGUCAAACCGGAAGGUCGAAGACAAUUGCUACCGGUGUUCCACAAACUCAGGAUUGUGAACUGGAUUAACAUUGCUGAAGAGUGUGACCUGACUUGGACCAUGUUCUUACUCCAUGGUGCACCCAACCUUAAGGAACUACACAUCUUGGUGCGGAAUCAUCUAUGUGAAAUGGUAACAGGGAAGCGGAGGGAGUUGCCUGUCGUUUGCAAGGAGAAGGACAAGGGACUAGAGUGGGAACCAUCUACAUCUGAUUUCAAGCACCACAACCUGGCUGCGCUCAGUAUCUAUGGGAGGUUUCAUGCAGUAGACAAACUGGUGCGCUUUGCGAGAAAUGUCGUGGAAGCAGCGGUGAAUCUGGAGGACAUAAGACUAUAUAAGAGUCCAGUGUGUGUGAGGUGCAAGCACAUGCUUCAGGAGUGGACAUUUGAGGAGACGUCUUGGCUUAGCUAUGAAUUCAGCAAGGAGAUUCCCUCGGUCGUCCGUAUUCACUUCCCCAGUUUAGGGCAAGUCUUCUCAAAAUAAUGCUCUUGCACUGCAAGCUGCUUGCAGUUUACAGGAACUGUUGUAUGAUUCAUGGAUUAACUGUCACUAGUGAACCUUUUCAAUUAUGUGUAUUUUGACAUGGUACCGAGUCAAGGAGGAUAAGUUGUGUACUCUUCUUGACAUUAUUGUCAAGUAUUUUGUCAAAUGGAGAUUGUGGAUAUUUCUUAUUGAUGAUAA